AUGGACUGUGGUGAGGGUGUUUCCACUGUCGCCGAAACUGUUGCUUUACGAGCAUCAUUUCAAAAGGAGAUUACUGUGUGGGAAAACUUGAUCGUUCAGCUCAGAUGUCACAAAAAUAGUCAAGUGAAAGUGUUGGACUGGGGUGAGGAUGGUGUUGCCAGUGUUAAUGAAAUUGCUGCUUUACGAGCAGCAUUUCGGCAGGAGGUUACUGUCUGGCAAAAACUUGAUCAUUCAAAUGUCACAAAAUUUGUUGGAGCUUCAAUGGGCACUUCAAAUCUUAAGAUUCCUUCAGACACUGGUGGUCAAAAUCCCCUUCCUUCGAAGGCGUGUUGCGUUAUUGUUGAGUUUGUUCAUGGUGGGACAUUAAAACAGUUCUUGUUGAAAAAUAGGCGGAAGAAACUUGCAUAUAAGGUUGUGGUUCAGUUGGCUUUGGAUCUUGCUAGAGGUCUUAGUUAUCUACAUUCAAAGAAAAUUGUUCACCCGCGAUCUGAUUUCGGAGUUGCUAGGGUUGAAGCGGUAAAUCCAAGUGAAAUGACAGGUGAAACUGGAACCGUUGGAUAUAUGGCGCCAGAGGUUAUAAAUGGUAAGCCUUACAACAGAAGUUGUGACGUCUACAGCUUUGGCAUUUGCUUGUGGGAAAUUUAUUGUUGUGACAUGCCUUAUCAAAACCUAAGUUUUGCUGACGCUUCGUCUGCCGUUGCUAAUAAGAAUUUACGACCAGAUAUUCCUCGAUGUUGUCCAAGUGAGUUAGCAACUAUAAUGAAAAGAUGUUGGGACAAACAUGCAGAAAAGCGUCCUCAAAUGCAAGAAGUGCCUGUUCGUGGUCCAUAA